GCCCCGGCCCCGGCCCCGGCAGGCCGCCCCAGGAACAGCAGUGCAGACCCCAGCCAGACUGGAGGAUUCCGCAGCCCUAGUUCACCCCCGAUGUGAACCGGAUCGCCAGUGGCGCCCCUUGCGUUCCCGGUAUUCCCUCUUAGUCCUCGAUCCGUUGCAGCUAAUCAGUAACCAAGGACCAUGUGACCACUGCUCACAGAGACUUGAUCAUGCAGGUGAUGAUGGUGAAUUAGAGGAAUACGACCUCCCAAGUCUUCUAGAUAAUGUUCUCCAAGCUUUAAGGAAGAAGUCAAGCAAGGAUUGAGAGGGCCUGGAGAGAAGUCUUUCUUAAAUGACAGCAAUGACAAGAGAAAAUUGGGCCCACAGUGCUCUGAGACAAGAGGGUCUUGUUAAAGGGAAGGAUGAUACCUGGAAAUGGGGAACCAGCUUCCAAGGAAGCAGCUCCUCUGUUUGGGAGACCUCCCACCUGCACUUUAGACAGUUACGUUAUCAUGAGACAUCUGGACCCCAGGAAGCACUGAGCCGGCUCCGGGAGCUCUGUCGUCGUUGGCUGAGGCCAGAAGCACGUACCAAGGCCCAGAUCCUGGAGCUGCUGGUCCUGGAGCAGUUCCUGAGCAUCCUUCCUGGGGAGAUUCGGACCUGGGUGCAGAUCCAUCGCCCUGGGAGCUGUGAGGAGGCCGUGGCUUUGGUAGAGGAGCUACAGAAAGACCUUGAUGGACCAGCAUUAAAAGUUCCAGUUCUUGUUCAGGACCGGGACAUUCUUCAGGAGGGGAUGAGCACUUCAGGAACUGCAGUUCUUCAUGUACCCACUGGCAGCCACAUAACAACUGAAAUUUGCCAAAAUCCUUUUACUGACUCACUCGUGUUCAGUCUCCAGGAUGCUCAACAUGAUUCUCCUGCCCCUGAAGCUUCUGCCCUUUCCCAGGAAGAGAACCCAAGAAAUCAGUUAAUGGCCCUCAUGCUCCUAACAGCCCAGCCCCAGGAGUUGGUGAUGUUUGAGGAGGUGUCUGUAUGCUUCACUUCAGAGGAAUGGGAGUGUCUGGGCCCGAUUCAGAGGGCCUUGUACUGGGAUGUGAUGUUGGAGAAUUAUGGAAAUGUGACCUCCCUAGAAUGGGAGGCCAUGACUGAGAAUGAGGAGGUGACACCAAAGCCAACCAUUUCUCAAAGAGCUGAUUCUCAGAAAGGAACAUUCAAAAGACUUCAAGGAAGUGUCCCCCAGACCCUUGAUUUUGAGGAAGCGUGUGAAUGGCAAGUUUUGGCAAGUUAUUGGGGAACUAAAACAGGGGAAAGAGAUACUCUGAAGAAUGUUCCUCUCUGUGAACGAGAUAAGAAGAAAAGGACUCUACCAGAAAAACGAGGACAGAAGUGGAAGGAAUUUGGAGAAAGCUUGACUUUAGGUUCAGCUCUUUCUGAAAGUUUAAUAGCUACUGAAGGAAAGAAGUUUUAUAAAUGUGAUAUAUGUUAUAAACAUUUCAAUAAAAUCUCCCAUCUUAUAAACCAUCGGCGAAUCCACACUGGUGAGAAACCUCAUAAAUGUAAGGAAUGUGGAAAAGGCUUCAUUCAGCGCUCAAGCCUUUUAAUGCAUUUACGAAACCAUUCUGGGGAGAAACCUUAUAAAUGUAAUGAAUGUGGGAAAGCCUUCUCUCAAAGUGCUUACCUUCUGAACCAUCAGAGAAUUCACACUGGGGAGAAGCCUUAUAAAUGCAAGGAGUGUGGAAAGGGCUUCUAUAGGCACUCGGGCCUUAUUAUACAUCUAAGGCGCCAUUCUGGGGAGAGACCUUAUAAAUGUAAUGAGUGUGGGAAAGUUUUCUCUCAGAAUGCUUACCUCAUUGACCAUCAGAGGCUCCACAAAGGGGAAGAACCUUAUAAAUGUAACAAGUGUCAGAAAGCUUUCAUUCUGAAGAAGAGCCUCAUUCUGCACCAGAGAAUCCACUCUGGGGAAAAACCCUAUAAAUGUGAUGAGUGUGGAAAAACCUUUGCUCAGACCACUUACCUUGUUGACCAUCAGCGGCUCCACAGUGCAGAGAACCCAUACAAAUGUAAAGAAUGUGGAAAAGUUUUCAUUCGAAGCAAAAGCCUCCUCUUACACCAGAGAGUACACACAGAAAAGAAGACUUUUGGUUGUAAAAAAUGUGGGAAGAUUUUCAAUUCAAAGUCAAAUCUCAUUGACCAUAAGAGGAUGCAUAGCAGAGAGAAGCCGUAUAAAUGUACUGAAUGUGGGAAAGCCUUCACUCAGAGUGCUUACCUUUUUGACCACCAGAGACUCCACAAUGGAGAGAAACCUUACGAAUGUAAUGAAUGUGGGAAAGUUUUCAUUCUAAAAAAAAGCCUUAUUUUACAUCAGAGGUUCCAUACUGGAGAGAAUCUCUAUGAAUGUAAAGACUGUGGUAAGGUCUUUGGUUCUAACAGAAACCUCAUUGACCACGAGAGACUACACAAUGGGGAAAAGCCAUAUGAAUGUCGAGAGUGUGGGAAAACUUUCAUCAUGAGCAAAAGUUUCAUGGUUCAUCAGAAACUACAUACACAGGAGAAAUCCUACAAAUGUGAGGAUUGUGGGAAGGCUUUUAGUUAUAAUUCAAGCCUGCUUGUACAUCGGAGAAUCCACACCGGAGAAAAGCCCUUUGAAUGCAGUGAGUGUGGAAGAGCUUUCAGUUCUAACAGAAACCUCAUUGAACAUAAAAGAAUCCACAGUGGUGAGAAACCCUAUGAGUGUAAUGAAUGUGGUAAAUGCUUCAUUUUGAAGAAGAGCCUCAUUGGACAUCAGAGGAUUCACACAAGGGAAAAAUCUUAUAAAUGCAGUGACUGUGGGAAAGUCUUCAGUUACCGCUCAAACCUUAUAGCCCAUCAAAGAAUCCACACUGGUGAAAAGCCCUAUGCAUGUAAUGAGUGUGGGAAAGGCUUUACUUACAACAGAAACCUUAUUGAACAUCAAAGAAUUCACAGUGGGGAAAAAACCUAUGAAUGUCAUAUAUGUAGAAAAGUUCUUACCUCUAGUAGAAAUCUUAUGGUACAUCAAAGAAUCCACACUGGAGAAAAGCCUUAUAAAUGUAAUGAGUGUGGUAAAGACUUCAGUCAGAAUAAAAACCUGGUUGUGCAUCAGAGAAUGCACACUGGGGAAAAACCAUAUGAGUGUGAGAAGUGUAGAAAAUCUUUUACUUCUAAGAGGAAUUUAGUUGGCCACCAGAGGAUCCAUACAGGGGAAAAACCAUAUGGGUGUAAUGAUUGUAGUAAAGUUUUUAGGCAGAGAAAAAACCUUACUGUACAUCAGAAAAUUCAUACAGAUGGAAAACUCUGUGAAUGUGAAGAGUCUCAAAAAGAAUUCUCUCAGAUUUCAAACCUUCAUCUUCAACAGGAAGUCCGUAGUGUGGAGGAAUUCUCUUGGCUCCAAAAUGCCACGGAGUCCCAGACAGAUUCAGAAAAUCUAAUGUCAUUUGUAAAAUGAGAUAGAAUCUCUGCCUAUCUAAGUAACUGUUAGACAAACAGUGUAUUUGGUCCUUGCAAGGAAAAAAUUCAUGAUUCACCCUUUUGUAGACAAAUGACUUGCAUGUGAAAGUUAAUCUAGACUUUCAAGACUACAAAAACAUAAAGCAAAUUCUAGGUAAAUUAUACUAUAUUCCAGACCAUUUAUUAUGACUCUGGAAAGGGACCUUAGAGCAAUUGAAGACUGAAGAAACUUAUGAGAUGUAAUGAUGUAGAUGUAAAUGAUAGCAAAAUAUCUUUGUAUUAAAAAUGGACAUUGUUUCUGAAAAUGUGUAUAUUAUACCUUUUAAAAAUAGUGUCACUACUAUAAAAAGUCUCUAUUGACCAUAUGAUUGAGAUAUGUCAGACAGGAGUUGAGGGGGCAAGAGUCUGCUGUUUGUGGACAACUUAAGACUACUAAAUUGGAAGUUAGAAGACCUAGGUUUAGGGCCUAGCUCUUUCUCUUACUAGCCAUGUGUUGUUAAGUCAGCUCAAGGCCUCCGUUUCUCUGUCAGUCAAAUGUAGACAUAAUGCCUACCUCAAAGGGUUUGAGGAUUAAGUGAAAGGACAUUUGUGAACAUAUUUUGUGAAAUAAUUUAGUUGUCAAUAAAGUUGAGUGAAAGAUAUGGUCAGAAUCUAGAACAUGAUGUAAUGUUUGUUCAGUAUGUCAAUAUUAGGGUUCUGGGAACCUCAUAAAUACUCCUUUUUAUAGUAAGAGAAAGAAUGGUGGAUAGCUAACUUUGGAUUUAAUAGUCUAAGACUAUUAAAUAUAGCUUUCAGAAUUUUUAUGGUAUUAGUAGAUAAUAAUAUACAUAGUUUGUUUUGAUGGUAAAAUACUGGCUUAUUAUGGAAAAACAAUAUUAUGUCCAGCUGUUAACACUGAUGCCAAAGAAAACUAUUUUUCAACCUGAAUAUUUGAAACCUAGCAGAUCUAGAAUAUCAAAAUGGAAGGACAGUCCUAUGUUGCUUUCCUUGUUCAUAGGGAAAAAAAAAUCCUUAAUCCCAUCCCGAGCUGUUGAUCUCUGCUACUAUUACUGAAAAGUUCUAAUCGACAUUUCACCAUUACAUACGAAAGCUUGGUACUCAAGAAAUAACAUUCUUCUCCAGUACUCAACUUACUACCUAAGUUUCACCCGGAACCAAGGUCUUAAAGCUCUGAUUAAAUCAAUUCGGAAUCCACCUCUGUGAUCAGGCCCAUUCCUCUGAACCAAUCAUUCAUUCAGUCUGUGCUUUUUGUACAUUUGAUACUUCAUUCAUCCUAUAUUAUUGAGUUGCUAAUUUUAUAUUGUAAUUCUCAAAACUCCCAAUUCUGCAGCUGGAUCAUAAAUGCCUUAGUAUCAGGAUUGUGUUUCUAAUAGUAGUGGUGAACUGAUGUGUAGAUAAAUGUUACUAAUUCAACCCCAGAGUUCCUUGAGGGCUGGUUCCUCAUUAGACUGAAAGGUACACAAGAGUGAAAAUUGGAAGGGCCCAAGAUUUAAAAUCUUAAGACUUGAGUGUAAGUCAGCUUCUGCUACUUUGCUUGGACAGAUGCCUUCAUUUCUUGGAGCCUUGAUUUUCUCAUCUGUAUAACAGGAGGGAGAAUACCUUACAAAGUUGUUAUGAGGUAAUGAAUAUGGAGAUGCUCUAUAUCUGUGCUAUAUAGGAGAAUCACUACAGAUUAUGUAAUUACAAAGGGAAAGACGUACUUUAACAGUGGAGAGGCUGGCAUUCACCUCUUAACCAGUUAAAAUAUAACAUCACUAAGACUGAGACAGCCUACGUUAUGUGCCUCCUCAUAUGAUGCAAUAAGCCAAAAGUGUAACCUGAAUUUUUUCAAGCUUUGUAGACCUAAUUGCCAGUUUACAGGAGAUACAGGAGGCAGAGGAACAAGAUAAAUUGACACCAUGAGAAACAAGUUUAGAACAUGGGAUAUUGUAUAAGAAAACUGCACUAGAUUCUUAAAAAAUAUGAAAAAAGGGAAGGGUGGUAAUUGUUGAUACUGGAUGAAUAUUGGGAGUUCAUUGUAUUCAUCUCUGCUUUUGUAUAUGUAUUAAAAUUUCCAGAAUGAAAGGUAUAAAAAGUGAAUGAGGAAGGUUGUUCUUAAAAAAUAUUAAAGAGCCAUAAGACACUAAGAUCCAGAAAUAGACUCACACAAGUGCUCAAUUGGUUUAUGGCAAAGAUACAAGAGCAAUUCAGUAAAAGAGGGAUAGCCUUUUCAAAAAAUGCUGCUGAUGCAAUUGGAAUAUCCAUAGGCAAAUAUACAUAAAUAUAUACAUGUAUAGUCAAGAGCUAGGACUAAGCAAGAACUCUUAAACUUAUAUAUCAAAAGCAGCCUCCAUAAAAGGAAAGAUGAUAAAUUGAACCUUAUCACAAUGAAAAUAACUUGCUCUGCAAAAACAAAACAAAACCAAAAAAACCUUAAAAGUAAUAAGACGUUACAGACUUGGGGAAAAUACUUGUAAAUCAUAUUCCAACAAGAUUUGUAUCUAGACUAUAUAUCUCGAAACUCAACAAUAAUAGAUUCAAGUAGAAAAUGAGCAAAAGACAUGUAAAGACUUUUCACUGAAAUAUAGAUAGCAAAUAAAUGACAAGAUGUUUACUGUCACUAACCACUAGGGUUUAAAAUCACAGCACAUCUAUCAGAAUAGCUUAAAAUAAAAAAAUAUUAAAUCUUGGCAAGGGUGCAGAGAAACUGGAUCUUAUAUGUUGCUGGAGCUGUUAAAUGGUACAGCUACUCUGGAGAAAAAGUUUGGCAGUUUCUUACAAAACCAAACACGCACCUAUGUUAUGACCCAGUAUUUGUACUCCUGUAUGUGACUGUUUAUAGCACUUAUAAGCGUCUGUAAGGAACCCAAAUAGCCUCAACAAGUGGCCAAAAUAGUUUUUUAUCUAUACCAUGAAUACUUAUUACUGUGCAAUAAAACGAAUGACCCGUUGCUCCAAUGAAAAGAAGAAUUUCAAGAAAAUUAUGCUGAUUAAAAAUCCAACCUCAAAAGGUAUUAUGUAUGAUUCUAUCUAUAUAAUACUCUAAAAUGACAAAACUAUAUAGAGAUGAAAGGUUAGUGGUUGCCAGAGCUUGGGGGUGGUGGGUGGGGACAGGAGGGAGAGGGAGGGUAGCACUUAUCAAGGUCUUUGUGAUGUUGAACAGUUGUGUAUCUUGAUUGUGGUAGUGGUCACACAAAUAUGUGAGAAAGGUAGAAGUAGGUGUGAGUGGAAGUCUACACAAAUAUGCCAGUAUCAAUUUCCUGAUUUUUAUAUUAAGCGAUAAUUAUGUAGGUUGUACCCGUUGAGGGAAACUGGAGGCAGGAUUAUUACCUUUCCAACUUCCUGUGAAUUGUUAAAUUCGAAAUAAAAGGUGACCCUAAAAAAGCCAUAACCAAGUGCACUGUGUGAAACUGAUUUGGAAGAACAAAAUUAUGAAAUAUGUUUUAGGACAGUUGGGGAGAUUUGAUAUUGUCGGAUAUUAGAUGAUAUUAUGGAAUUGUUCAUUUUCUUACCGAUAUGUAAUGGUGGUAUAGCGUUUGGAGAAUAUUUAUUAAAGGAUGCAUUUGAAGUA